ACCUGUUGUGUCCUGAAGUGCCAUCAGCUGUAACAGGAACUCCCGACCGCAAGACCUCCUCCAGGCGUCCCGGCGCCCAGGAACCCAAGGCCAUGGAGCUGUCCGACAGCGACCGGCCGGUCAGCUUCGGCUCCACGUCGUCCUCCGCCUCUUCCCGGGACAGCCAUGGUUCCUUUGGCAGCAGAAUGACCUUAGUCUCCAACAGCCACUUGGGCUUGUUUCACCAAGAUAAGGAAGCCGGGGCCAUAAACCUGGAGCUGAUUCCAGCCGGGCCGUUUUCCAGCAGCGAGCUGCCGCGGGACCUCCCCGCAGGGCCCCGGAGCACGGACGAGGGCGCAGCAACUCCGCCCCGGGCCCCGCGGAGGAUGGAAGCCCAUGGGGCGAGCAGGACAGGUGGCCCGUCGUCGGCCACGAGCCCCAAGCUCCUCUAUGUGGAUAGAGUCGUUCAGGAGAUACUAGAGACCGAAAGGACUUACGUGCAGGACUUGAAAAGCAUCGUAGAGGAUUACCUAGACUGCAUCAGGGACCAAACAAAACUUCCCCUGGGGACAGAAGAAAGAUCGGCCCUCUUUGGAAACAUACAGGAUAUCUACCACUUCAAUAGUGAACUUCUACAAGAUUUGGAAAACUGUGAAAAUGAUCCUGUGGCCAUAGCAGAAUGUUUUGUGUCCAAGAGUGAAGAGUUCCACAUCUACACGCAGUACUGCACCAACUACCCAAGGUCGGUGGCUGUGCUGACGGAGUGCAUGCGGAACAAGAUGGUGGCCAAGUUCUUCCGGGAACGUCAGGAAACUCUGAAACACUCACUGCCUCUGGGGUCCUAUCUCUUGAAGCCAGUUCAGCGGAUUCUCAAAUAUCAUCUCCUCUUGCACGAAAUAGAAAAUCACCUUGACAAGGACACCGAAGGCUACGACGUGGUGCUUGAUGCUAUCGACACGAUGCAGCGAGUGGCCUGGCACAUCAACGACAUGAAGAGGAAGCAUGAGCACGCAGUCCGGUUGCAGGAGAUACAGAGUCUGCUCACUAACUGGAAGGGGCCAGACCUGACCAGCUAUGGGGAGCUGGUGCUGGAAGGCACCUUUCGCAUCCAGCGCGCCAAGAAUGAGCGGACGCUCUUCCUCUUUGACAAGCUGCUACUCAUCACAAAGAAAAGAGACGACACGUUCACGUACAAAGCCCACAUCCUGUGCGGCAACCUCAUGCUUGUGGAAGUGAUUCCGAAGGAGCCGCUCAGCUUCAGCGUCUUCCACUAUAAGAACCCGAAGCUGCAGCACACAGUUCAGGCUAAGUCCCAGCAGGACAAGCGCCUGUGGGUUCUGCACCUGAAGAGGCUGAUCCUGGAGAACCACGCAGCCAAGAUUCCGGCAAAGGCCAAGCAAGCAAUACUUGAAAUGGAUGCCAUUCAUUAUCCUGGGUUCUGUUAUAGUCCUGACGGGGAGACGAAAGCAUUCUGUGGUUCUAAAAACGGUUCUGCUCCAUAUCGGCUGAGAAGAAAGUCAGAACCUUCCUCAAGGUCACAUAAAGUUUUGAAGACCAGUGAAACAGCACAAGACAUCCAAAAGGUUUCCAGAGAGGAAGGGUCUCCCCAGCGGACCUCAACAGGGCCAUCUCCUGCCCAGAGGAACAGCCAGCCGAGCAGUUCUGCCAUUAUCAGCGUGCUUCAUGGGGGAGGAGCCAUCAGGAACAUCUGGACAGACCACCAGAUCAGACAAGCCCUGUUCCCGAGUCGUCGGUCCCCUCAGGAGAACGAGGAUGACGAAGAUGAUUACCAGAUGUUCGUGCCAUCCUUCUCCUCCUCAGACCUGAACUCCACCAGACUGUGUGAAGACAGCACUUCCAGUCGCCCCUGCAGUUGGCACAUGGGACAGAUCGAGCCCGCAGAGUCCGCCAGCUCUGGCCACCGGGUGGUCAGGCGGGCCAGCAGCGCUGGCGAGAGCAACACAUGUGCUCCUGAAAUAAGAAUUAGGGACAGUGGUGGCUCUCAGUACAGCCCCCGACGGGAACGGCAGGGUGACCCUAAAACAGAAGGGCAGGAUGGAAUGACUCCCUUUGGGUCAUCUAUAGAGCUGACCCUCGAUGAUAUAGACCACGUCUAUGACAACAUAAGUUACGAGGACUUAAAACAAAUGGUUGCUAAACGGGAAGAAGCUGAGGCCACGCCCCCGACAACAGCCAGGGACCCCAUUCGCCCCAAGAGCACACCAGAGCUCGCCUUCUCGAAGACGCAGCCUGGCCCCGAGAAGAGCUUUCGGCACACGGAGAGGGACGGAGCUUUAACAGGUCACCGGGCCCCAAACCAAAGCACACAUGAACUCCAGAUGGUUGAGGAGAACAUCUACGACACCAUAGGGCUCCCAGAUCCGCCCUCCCUGGAUUUCAAAUGCAGCAGCCUGACGCACCCCAAGAGGAACACCUUCCUAGGUCUGGAAGCCGACUUCGCGUGCUGUGACAGUCUGAGGCCCUUUGUUUCCCAGGACAGCCUCCAGUUCAGCGAGGACGAAACCCCUUACCCCCAGGGACCCUCCAAUAACGACUACUUGAGCUUGCUCUAUAACUCCUUCAGCUGCAACCUGUCUCUCGGUGAUAAAUCUAUCUCUGACAAACUGUCUGAGGAGGUGGACGAAAUCUGGAACGAUCUGGAAAAUUACAUCAAGAAAAACGAAGUCAAAGCUAGAGACCGGCUCCUGGCAGCCUUUCCCGUCAGCCAAGAGGACGUGCCGGACAGGCUGCACUCCGAGAGCACCCCCAAGCUGGGGAGAGAGGCCACACGCUCCACGUCUACCCUCUCGCUUCCUGAGGGCCACGCUUUCCUCACACCACUGAGAGACAAGCCUGGCAGAGCUGGCCGGACCAACUGCCUGUUUGAAGAGGACCUGAUUGCUAAAGAAGGCUCCUUGAUGAGCCUUAACCGGCUGUCUCUGGCCAGUGAAACACCCCCGCUGGAAAACCCUUACGACUUGGCCAACAGCAGUCUCUCCCAAACAGACUUGGAAAACACUGCCCCUGGGAUGGAUGCCACAGAUAAAACGAAAAGCAGGGUUUUUCUGAUGGCCAGGCAGUAUAGUCAGAAGAUCAAGAAGGCAAAUCAGCUUUUAAAAGUGAGAAACCCAGAGCUGGAGCAGCCACUGGCCAGCCAGCAGCCUAAAUCCUCGGACAAAGACCUGGCAGCCAUCUUGGAAGAAAAGAAGCAAGGGGGUCCCGCCAUCGGUGCCAGGAUUGCUGAGUAUUCCCAACUGUACGACCAGAUCGUAUUCAGAGAGACUCCCUCCAAGACUCAGAAGGAUGGCUGGGCCAGCCCUCCAGAACCUCGCAGCCUCAGGUCCCCAUCACCUUCCCAGGCCCAACAGAGCAGCGAGGACUGGCUUUUGCAUUCCACCUACAGUAAUGGAGAGUUAGCGGAUUUCUGUCCCCGGCCGGAGCCAGACUUGAAGUCGAAACAUCUCACUCCAGAGACCGAUACAAAAAGCAUCCCGAGACAGCUGUCCACGGCUUGCUCUGUGCCUUCCCUUCCGUCCCCCGACCCUCUGCUGGGCUCUGUGCAGAGACACAGCGUGAUAGUCAGUCAGCCCAGCCAAGAGCACUCUCUCCAGGGCUACCUUUACAACUCUUUGGGUCGGACAGGCCUCAGUGGUAAAUGUCAGCCUUAUAGCCGGUCCCAGUCCUCUUCCUCUAUCCUGAUAAACAAGUCGCUGGACUCCAUCAACUACCCCGGGGAGGGGGGAAAGAAACAGCUGCUGUCUUUACACAAAAGUCCGAGGUGUGAGAGUCACCAGGACGUGCGGCCCGGCCUGGCCGACUCCUGCCAGCAGGGCACUGAAAAGCGCUCCGAUCUCACGCUCCGAGACUCCCAGAAGGUUCUGGUAGUAAAUAGAAGUUUACCCUUAAAUGCCCAAAGAGCGACACAGAACUAUUUCUCCAAUUUCAAAGAGACUGGAGGAGACGAAGACGACUACGUGGAAAUCAAGUCAGAAGAAGACGAGUCGGAGGCAGAGCUCUCCCAGGGCUGGAGGAAGACGUCUGACCCACGGAUUGUGGAGGCCGGCUUUUCGGAGAGCGCCUGCAGCGGCACCUCUUACUCCUUGAACAGUCCAUGCUCUCCAAAAAAGCCAGUAAGCGACAAGCUGGGGAUGUCCCCCUAUCUGGCAUCCUACAGCGACCCGGACAAACUUAGUGACUAUCUCUGGAGGGGGCCAUCUCCCAACCAGCAAAACAUCGUCCAGUCGCUGAGGGAAAAAUUUCAGUGUCUCAGUUCAAGCAGCUUUGCCUGAGGCUCUUUGGAGAAGUCACCCGAGUCCGUGUCACAGGGGGCUCAUGAAGGACAGAUCCCGGGAGGUGUUUUCUAAGUCCCAGAUUAAAACAAUUUUGUAAUAGCCCAGGAGUGUCAACCAUGCUUUCUUCCAUGGCACAACUUUUAGAAAUGGCUGCCAGGGCAGCCGGGGUUGUACUGUCCGACCAGUGUCAGCCUCUCACGGGGUGUCUUCCUGACGCUGACUAUCUUCAUGUUUCAUGUAAGUCAAUCUUACUUGAAAAUUUUUAGGUUUUUCUUUUUUUUU